AUGCCGCUGCGCGCCGUCUCCCUGUGCGGCGCCCUGCUGCUGCUGGCCGCCGCUCCGACAGCACUCGGCCGUCCAGACGUGACGCUCGGCGACAUCGUCCGCAACCUGACCGCGCCGGCCGACAGCGUGCCCUGCGCCGAGCUCGGCCGGGCCGUGGAGGCUCUGCAGCAGCAGCUGACGGCCGCCCAGUCGAGCGGCGGCCAGUGUCCGGCCGGCUGGAGCCGCCACCGGCACAGCUGCUACCUGAUGCCGGCCGUGACGGCCACCUGGUUCGGUGCCAGCGCGCUGUGUCCGGCCAUGGACCGCCGGGCCCGGCUCGCCUCGGUGCACAACGACAACCACCAGUUUGUCGAGGAGCUGGUGGCCUCCAGUGACGCCACGUACGCGUGGCUGGGCGGAGCGCGGCUGAAGUCGGGCGGCACCGACUGGGCCUGGCAGGACGGCACUCCGUUCGACUAUGUCAACUGGGCCGCCGGACAGCCGAACAACUCGGGAGAGGACUGCACCUGUCUCCAGGGCCCUAAGA